AUAUCGCUGCUGUUUCAUCAUUUUAUAUCAAUUUCCGGUCUAAAUAAUGUUGAUUUUUGAAAUUGAAUUUUGAAUACAUGUACAUCAGUUGUUGAUAGAUAUAGUCAUAUAGUGAUGUCCAACACAGGAGUAUGUAGCCAUUGUGGUUGUACAGAUAUAGACAGUGACCCAGCCAGAGGUGAUGCAGUGUGUACUAACUGUGGUUCUGUCUUGGAAGAUCAGAUUAUUGUCUCAGAGAUUCAGUUUGAAGACAAUGCUGGUGGAGGAUCAUCUGUUAUAGGACAAUUUGUGUCAUCUGAUGGAUCAAAACCACACAGUUUGGGAAUUAAUUUUCCUCAUGGCAUCAAGAGAGAAUCAAGGACAGUCACAUAUGAAAAUGGAAGAAGAUCUAUUCAGCAGGUUGGUUCUCAACUGAGACUGAAUCAGCAUUGUAUAGAUACAGCAUUUAACUUCUUUAAGAUGGCUGUAAAUAAGAGAUUGACCAGGGGAAGAAAGACAACACAUGUGAUAGCUGCCUGUUUAUACCUUGUGUGUAGAACUGAAGGAACACCUCAUAUGUUGCUUGAUUUCAGUGACAUUCUUCAGGUGAAUGUUUACAGUUUAGGAAGAACAUAUCUACAGCUUUCUAAAGAAUUGUGCAUCAGCAUACCAGCAAUAGAUCCAUGUUUAUACAUUCCACGAUUUGCACAUAAAUUAGAAUUGGGUGACAAAACACAUGAAGUGUCUAUGACAGCUAUGAGAUUAGUUCAGAGAAUGAAAAGAGAUUGGAUGCACACUGGACGUAGACCAUCAGGACUAUGUGGAGCAGCUUUACUCGUUGCCUCUAGAAUGCAUGAGUUUAGUAGAUCAGUAAGGCAGAUAAUCAAAGUGGCUAAAGUCUGUGAUACAACUAUAAGGAAAAGAUUAUCUGAGUUUAAAGCUACACCAUCAAGUCAGUUGACUAUAGAAGAAUUCCAGACUGUUGAUUUAGAGGAAGAACAAGAUCCCCCAGCUUUCACUGCCAGUAAACGGAAGGCACAAGAAGCUAAAUUUCAUGCUCAGUUAGACAAAUUUCCAGAGCUGGAAUCGGAAGUAGAGCUUAUAAAAGAACAAAUAGAGAAAUCCAUGGUUCCACCAAAACCUGUAGGAAUAUAUGCAGCAUAUGCUAAAAUGUCUGUGUCUCCCGAUCCUUUAGGUGACAAUGAAGAGGUAUCAAGAGUUAGUAAUUUUUUAGAGGAGGAAACUUUUAAAGAAGCUAUUUCAGAUAUGGACAAUAAUAGUGAAACAACAACAAACCAUUCUGUAUCAUACUCAACUUUACGACCAACAGCUGCUAGUUUAGGAAUCAAAGAAGUUUUGUCAGAAUGCUUAAAAGAAUCAGAUUCUGAGCGUGAUGAUGGUGAAUUAGAUUUACAUGGCAUUGAUGAUGAUGAGUUAGACAAGUUUUUGCUGUCUGACGAUGAAAUCAAACUGAAAACCAGUAUAUGGAUGGCUGAAAAUGCUGACUAUCUCAAGGCAUUGGAAGAAAAGGAAUUAAGAUUAGCAAAAGAAAAAGAGGAAGAAGAAAAAAAUCCUGAUAAGAAAAAGCAUAGAAAGAGAAAGAAAAAGCCACCAUCACUGGGACCAGCUGCUACUGCAGAGGAAGCCAUAGUCAGACUGUUACAUGAGAAGAAAAUCUCUAAUAAAAUCAAUUAUGAAGUACUCAAUGAUCUGAAAUUUACAGGCGUCAACAGAUCACCUUCAAAAGAAACUACCUCUUCUGCUACAGUUAUAACAAAUGGGGAACCUGUUAUCAAUAGAUUCAGUAAACCAACUAGUAGAUUAAGACCAGAUAACAGUGCGAAAAGUUCACAGAAUUUGUCCUCAAAGAAGUUGAAAUUAGAUGAAACCUCAGAAAAAGAAGCAUCAAAAGACCUGGAAGUAAUAGUGGAAAGUGGACCUGUAGAUUUUGGACCUGAUGACAAAGAAGAUGAAGAUGAGGAUGAUUUAGUAGAUGAAGAUGAAGUCUGUCUCAGUGCAGCACAAUUACUAGGGCAUUCAACAGAUAUAGUUUAUGAUGAUGAUGUUGAUAUAUAUGAUGUAGAAGAUGAUUGACAGGAACUAUGAACUGUAAAAACUCCCAAGAUGUUGAUGAAUCCAUCUUAUGACCGAGCUAUCCAAACCUACAGAGUCACAUACAUGAUAGAUUAUAACAGACAAAGAUAGACAAACCAGAUUGAUAUAUAAAUGUGUAACAUGUGACAAAUAAGAUAAUUACUUUUUUACUUUCAUAGCAAAUAUGGUGUAAGGACUUCAAAAAGGUUGAGGAUGCUCAUACUCUCCUAAACCAAAAGACGUGAAUUUUAUGAUUUUUUUCAAGAUACAUGUAGUUAGGAACUAAUCCCAUAAUGUACUAGAAGCAUCUGAGGUGUAUAUGAUUGUUUUAUUAAAAAGAGGAACAAUGUGUAAAAUGAGGAAUAAAACUCAUUUUUAGGACACAGGUAUGAGAAAGACAAGAUGUGUGAGUGCAGUAACUAAGGAAGGGGAGAAUUUAUUUUAUAUGAUAUUUCCUAGUACAUAUCAAUUUAAUGGCAAUACGGAAGAUAAGAUAUAUCAGAAGAUUUUUUUGAUAAAGUACAGAACUUUCUUGUUUAGAACAACUUAAAUAUCAUUUAAUACUAGCUAUAAAAACAUGGUUUGAUCAAAUUACAUAUACUACAAAUGUAUCACUGUUGUUUGGAUUGGUGAAUAUUUUUUUAUUAUUUCAAAAUUUUUCCUGUUGGUCAUUUGAGAGUUAUGGGAUUUUUAACAUUCAUAUUUGACUUAAUAUUUACAUGACUAAGUAUUUCUAUAGAGCCAUUAAUUUGCUUUUGAUUAAAAUAAAUGACUUAUAAUUAAAAGAUCCAAUUUUGAUUAUGCAACAAUUUCUGUAUGCACAUACACAAUAAGGAUGUAUCAUGUGCUCUUGGCACAGCUGUUUAUUAUUAAUGGUACAUUUAAUAAUAUGCUAUUAGCUGUUCAUUUGUAAAAGUACAUUUACUUACAAGUUCUUAGUCAUAUAAUCACAAUGAUAAACCAUACUAUUCCAUCAAAUAUGAGAACAUUAUAAAAUUAGAAUUUAUAUCACAAAAGAUUUCAAAAAAAGUUUGGAGAAAAUCACAUUAAUGAUUAUGCAUGAAAUUACUUUAUAGAAACUUACUGAUUUUUACCAAUAUUCUUUUUUACUGCAAAUAAAAGAAAAUAUUAUGUAGACAUCAUGCAGGAAAAUUUAUUAUGUUUUGAAGUUAUAAUUUUAAUAUUUUCUGGUGGUAAAUAAUGUUUUUUUGUAAUAUUGUUCAGAGCUGAUCAGUCUAAUUUAAAUAUAUUAAAUAUUGGGGCCCAUACUAAUAUUUUUUAGAGUAAUUACUGAAAACUCUAAAAAUAAAGCAACAUUUCACAUUUUUGCAUUUAAAAUAUCAAGCCUGAAGCGCAAAUGUAAAGAGUUUUAACCAACAAAAAAUAUGAAUAUUACUUUCUGACAGUCUAAUAUUUUAUGAACAACUAAGGAUAUUAUUUGGUAGAUUUAUCAUACUUUUUUAUUUUCCGUUUGAGGGUCUCCUGCUUUAUAGAAUAUUUAUUAUAACAGGUACACUAUACAUUUACACAACAUUCUGAUAUGUACUUUCUGAAAUGUAUAUUGUAUAUGUGUUUGUUAUCUGUCCCUGAAAUGUAUAUUUUAUAUGUGUUUGUUAUCUCUUCAUUAGGUUUUGUAAUAGUUGUUGAAUGGAAAUAAUAGAAAAUAAAAUUACAAAACAUGUU